AUGGAAUUUUCGAUUUACACGGAGCCGGAUGUGUGUUCACCAGAACACAAUGCAUCCCUGUUAAACCCGAGGGCGAAAGACCAGAGGGAGCAGCACGUCCGGCCGGUGACUUACAAAUCCCCUGCUCGAGAGGGUGCAGCUGAACACUUGGGUCUCACAUUGCGUGCAGACAGUCGUCUGAGAAGGUGA